AUGGCUCAAACACACAAAGUUAGUGAUGUGAUGACAGAUGCAGAUUUUGAAAAAGCCUUAGACGAAUUGCGAGAACAAGAUGAAUCUGGGGAAGUCAAUGAAUUGCUCAAAAUGAUGAGUGAAAAUCGAAUGAUCAGUUGGGAAGAGGCAGAACAGAUUCUGGGGGGAACUAAUUAUAAUGAACCAGUAAAGUCAUCACUACCCGCACAGACUAGGCCCACUGAGCCUGACAACGAUACUGAUGUUGACGCCUCAAUAGAACGGUUACAGCGAAACGAUCCCACAUUAAAAGAAAUUAACCUAAACAACAUGAAACGUACUCCGAUACCUCAAGUUAAGAGGUUAAUUGAAGCAAUCAAGGAUAAUACGUAUCUUGAGAAACUGUCACUUGCAAACAUGGGACUCUAUGAUGGGCAUCUAGAGCCUUUGCUGGAAGUGAUUGAAAACAAUCAAACGUUACGUGCUGUGAACUUGGAAACCAAUUAUUUAGGAGGAGAUUUUUUUGGAAAAUUGUUUAAAGCUGCUUUGAAAAAUCAAACGCUUGAAGAAGUUAAAGCAGUCAAUCAGGGAGCGACCUUUUCCACAGUGGCCGAAAAAGAAAUAAUAGAUGCUAUUUAUGAGAACAAAGGGCUUAUUAAAGUUUCAAUAAACCUUCGGUUGCCUGAGGGCAGGCACAAAAUCGAAAAUGCUAUGUUACGUAACGGCGAAAUUAGACGUAUAUUGAGACGACAAGCGGCGCAGAAAGCACAAGAGGAAGCAGCCAAGAAGAAGGAAGAAAGUGAGGUAAAGCCAAAAAAAGAAGCUAAAAAUGCGUCGGAAGCUAAAAGUAAAGGUUCAAAAGAUAGUAGUGAGAAGAAAAUUAAGGCUGGUAAAAGUACCGAGAAGAGUGCCACUGAAAAACCUUCAACAGCAAAGACAGAGAAGGCUAGUGCAGGAGGUGCUUCAGUAAAAGCGCCAUCAGCGAAAGCAGAUAAAACUAGCGCCAAGAGUUCUUCCGAGAAAACACCAUCAGCGAAAGCUGAAAAGACUGGCGUCAAGGUUGAUUCUGGGAAGACUCCAUCAGCGAAAACAGAAAAAACCAGCGUAAAAAGUGCUUCUGCGAAAGUGCAGUCAGCGAAAGCUGAAAAAACUAGCGAGAAAAUAGCCGGUGACAAAGCUUCAUCAGCGAAGGCUGAAGAAAAACCUAUAAGUAAAGCUAAAAAGACAUUAUCAGAAAAGGAUUCUGUCGUGCAGGAUGGAAAAGAUUCUACAGGGAAGGAAGGCAAAUCGGAUUCGGGAGAAAAAGCUGCAAUAACAGCCAAGCAAGUGGAAUCCACGAGCGAAAGCUCCUCGAAACCGUCAGAUAGCAAACCAGUAGCUUCAACCACUAAGUCGAAGACAACCGGUGCUAAAAAGGUUGUUUAG